GGGGGGGGCGGCGGGAAGCUGGCACCUGCCCGGGGGGGCAACAUCUGAGGGGGAGACUGCUUCUUCUGAUACUGCUCGUGCAGUGACGAAGUGCUCCUUAAGGACAGCAUGUGGAGCCGCACGGAGGGGCUGGGGGGGUUGGCGCGCCCACCCCGGGGCUAGGGACACCGGCACCGGGAAUAGGAAGCGACAUCCAUACGGGACGCACCGGCUUUCCGGACAAGGCGCGUUUAUUGCGCGACCUGACCAGCGCUGGGAUGGGCUAUCCCGGUCCCCCGCCGAGGCCGCUUGUCCGGCACUUUGUGCGCGCAGGCGCACUGGCGGCCGCUCUUCAUCGCGGGGCUGGAGCUGACUGCUGUGCUGUCUCCAGUUCUGGGCUCCUCGGUACAAGGAACAGAAGGGGCUACUGGCAAGGAUCCGGCAGAGGGCUACAAAGAUGAUCAGGGGUCUGGAGCAUCUCUCUUAUGAGGAGAGACUGCAGAAGCUGAGCCCGUUUUGUUAAGACUAGAGAAGACUGAGAGGGAAUUUCAUCAAUACAUAUAAAUAUCUCAAAAAUAAGCAACAUCUUGUUUUUCAUUCUACCACCCAUAUGUAUGUGCUUGUUCCGUCAAUAUGCAAUCUGCUUCAACAGUGGAAUGUAUUUAAUAUGGACUCUGCUAGUCGUGGUUGGAAUUGGAUCUGUUUAUUUUCAUGCCACACUCAGUUUCCUGGGCCAGAUGCUGGAUGAGCUGGCUAUUCUCUGGGUCCUGAUGUGUGCUUUUGCCAUGUGGUUCCCUAGGAGAUACCUGCCCAGGGUUUUUCGAAAUGACAGGAGCCGUUUUAAAGCUGCUGUGGGUGUCCUGUCUGGAGUUACCACCUGCCUUGCCUUCAUUAAACCUGCCAUCAACAACAUCUUGCUAAUGAGUCUGGGUGUUCCCUGCACAGCUUUGCUUAUUGCUGAGUUGAAGAGGUGUGAAAACCUCCGUGUAUACAAACUGGGUCUCUUUUCAGGUCUUUGGUGGAUGCUAGCACUUUUCUGCUGGAUCAGUGACAAAGCAUUUUGUGAGAUCUGGUCCUCGUUUAAUUUCCCCUAUUUGCAUUGCGUAUGGCACAUUUUGAUCUGCCUUGCGGCAUACCUGGGCUGUGUCUGCUUUGCUUACUUUGAUGCUGCCUCUGAGAUACCUGAACAGGGCCCUAUCAUAAAGUUCUGGCCCAGUGAAAGAUGGGCAUUCAUUGGAGUUCCCUAUGUCACCCUCCUCUGCGCACACAAGAAGUCACCUGUGAAGAUUACAUGAAGUUGACAAUGGAAUUGACAAUUGGGGACAGAUUUUUGAUUUACAUUCAGGCAUAGACAAUAUUUAAAUAAUGAUAAAUGACCAGUGUUGUGUUUUCUCUUCUUGCUAAGAUAGGUAGCACUUCAGAUGUCAUAGGAAGAGGAGGGAAGUGUGUUCUUUCCUCUCUUAAGAGGAGAGAGGAAGCAGGAACGUGGAGGCACUUGAACACUAAAUGUUCACAAAUGGCUUUUCUAGUUCGCUCUGUUUUGCACUGAAUGUUUUUGAUGUAGCAUUUCUCUUGAUAAAAGCUCUUUCCAAAUACCAGCGUCAAGGAAUGAUGUUUCUGCAGUAAGUCACCUGUGGUGCUUGAGUCACUUCUUUUGUAACUGGUGGAUUAAGGCCUUCUUUGUGAAAGAAGCCAGUCCAAGAAGCUUACGUGUCAUCCUGUGUCCUUCAUAGGCUCUGAUUUUGCUGAUAGCCACAAGAGUGUGCUUGAAGCCCUUGCUACUCCCAGCCUGGUGUGGCACACGGGAAGUCUGGCUGAGCAUCACAGUGGAUCACAGGGUACAUGAUUGCUUCCCCAAGUACAACAGGAAAGUAGUGUUUGCAGCUGGGUAACUGUGUAAGUGCAGUUAGGCAGUGUAGAUGCAGAAGUAGCUGACACAAGUCUCUAAAACUAAAUAGGAAUUCAAGGCUCUACUGUAUUUCCACUGACCUGUGAACAUUUAGAUGCUGCAUAUUUCCCUUUUACAGAAAUGCCACAGAAAUCCCUCUACCUCUGUGGACACUUUUGGUCUUGAAUUUGGCACACACACAGAAGUGUAGAUACUAACUUCAGUAAGAUCUUAGGUCAGCAUGGAUUGACAGUGUGAUUAAACUGCAAAAACUUGUAGUUUUGUGCCUGGCUGCACAUGUCAUUUGAGAGGUUGCUUCUCACCAAUGCAUUGCAAAGUGAUGUAAAAAUAGUCCAGUGCUCCACUGAUUAUACUCAGGAAGAAAGUGGAUAACUGCUUAAAAACCAAGCUGAAGACUUAGAUUUCAGUGAGCAGUGAAAUGGGAUAUUCCAUCUCGCAUUCUUAGGAAAGGACAGAUUUUCUGUGUCUUUUCAGCCUGUUUUGUAAAGAUAAGGGAUGUCUAGGUUGAUUUAGUUCUAAGAUUAGUGAGGUUGAAGUUUAGGAAUGACUAUGGUUCUUGUAAGCAAUUUGUGCUUAGGCCUGUUUAGAAAACAAUGUGAAGUGCAGGCAUGUCUUUCAAAUAUUAGCCAUUGUAGCUGCUAAUAGCUGCAGUUUUGGAGAAAAAAGGGUCUACUCACAUUCCAUCAAACUGUAAUAUCAGAACUGUAAGUGGGUUAAGGCUUUAAAUGUACAGUGUUAUUAAUAAGUGUUAUUUUCUUUUUUGUAUUAGACCAGGAAAUACGAUUUCUUCUUUUGCUGACACAUCUAAAGCUGUACUUGUUUUUUAUCAAUGUGAAAAUGUACUCUAUACAGUAUGAUCUUUAUGAAAGUGACUUUUAGCAAUAACUUUGUGGUGAUUUAACUUUCAAAGCAUUUUUAAAAGCUUUUGUACUCAAGUUUAUGCUUAGAAAGCAACAACUAUGUUGUAUGCUGAUUCACUUAAAGCAGAUUGCUAGUGGAAAAUAUGACUGCCUUCUUGAGACCUUCAGAGUGGGUAAGUAGACUACUGUCAGACAACUGCCUGAUCAUAAAAGCAGCAAAAUCUUUCCAGUGGAACAGUGCAUAUUUAUACCACUUGCUAGUAGAUUUGAAACGUCUUUUUUAACACGAAGUGAUACAAUUUUUGUAUGUAACCUGUUUGUAAAAAUUCAUGUUGGAAUGUUUGUUAUUCUUUGAAACACAGCUGCUUUGUCCUUUUCCUUUCUCUCUCCUUGACUAUGAAAUGUUCAGUUUCAAACACUUCUCAGGUAUUAAAAGUUAUAUUAUUAUGCAGAUAGGAUUGCUGGCUGGAACCCAGCUAAGGUUUCUGAUGCCUAAUAUGGCCCUACUUUGAGUAAGAUUUUUUGCUAAAUUAUUAUAUAACAAUAAGUAAGUUAUUUUCAGUAUUGCUUGGGAAUGUAAUAACUGCAGACAUAAUGUACUAUUCAAAAUGACUGGAGCCUUCUUAUGCAAUAUUUUGUUUGAUAGCAACCUCUGACUCAAAGGGCUCUAAUCAGUCUGCUAUUAACUGCUGUUCUGCUCUGCAGAGUCUAACUGCUCACAAAGUAAUUUCAUAAUUUAAAAAAUCUCAGUGCAUUCAGCUAUUGAAGAGGUAAAUGAAUACAGAUACAGGCCAAGAAUCAUCUGUAUUUUUAGUAACUAGCCUUCGUAUUCUUGAUAGGAGAUUCUGUGAACAAAGAUCACUAUGUGUUAUUCAAAGCUUCAUUGUAGAACUAGUUGGCGUAUUCCACUGGAGCAGCAGCUCACCACUUUUAAAUGUAGCUACUGCACUUUACAUUAAAUUAGUAUUAACUUCUGUGUUCUGAAAAUAGCUAAAUUUAUUUCAAAGAGUAAAAAACAUGCAGUUUUUACAUCUUCACAGAUUGCCCCUUCAGGUUAACAUUAGUACCCAAAAAAGUGUGUGUAUGGCAUACAGAGGGGUUUGUGCACUGGCUCAUACAGAUGAAUAUAUAUAUGCUGAAGUAGCUGUAUCAUGUUGCAGCAGUAUAAAGUGAUGUGUAUGCACCUGCACGUUUUAAAGCCUCAGAAUGCUUUCUUCCCCUACCAGCAGGAAGUGAGUUGGUUCAUAGUCUUUAGGUUCAGUUAGAAGUUUAUUUAGUGGGAUGCAGUUGAGCAUAUUGUAGAUACUGGCAUGUGAUAUCCAUCAUUCCUUUAAUGUUAAACUUCGUGUUUUUUAAGACAGGAUGGUUAACUUUCCAUGGUGGCAAACACUUUCCCAAUUCACAGUCAUUAAAAACUCAAUAAAUAGUAUGUAAGGAAUGGUGUUGGGCUGGGUUUUCUUCCUGUCUCUGUUGAAGUCUGUAUGCUAAAUGUUUGUGAUUAGCAUGUAACACUUUGCAGCAUUAAUCUGCAUUUGGAGUAAAUAUUGUUUGCUUUUUCAUACAUGAUGUUUCUGGAGAAAAAAUGCAGCUGCUAGUAUAAUUCUUUGAAAUAUAGUAAGGAUAACUUCUCCCUUACACGGAUAACAGCAGUUCUGACUCAUGGAGGAGGAGGGAGACUGCAUUAGAUAUAAGGCCAUUAAUUAGUGAGAUAGAGAUUACUUUGCUUAGCAAACUGGUUCUUGCAACCGGAACAAAUACUUGGAAAACUGCAAGCCCAUGAAACAACAGGGAUGAGUAGCAAGAAAUGGCUAAAAAUGAAUGGCCUGUUGUCAUACUUUGAGAUUGGCCCCCCUCCGAGAGUCGGGGGCUCAGAGGUGAUUGGGUGCCAGGGCAGUGUUCCCUGGAGAGCCAGUCACCAUUCAUGUUGUUCGCUUCUGCUGAAAAAUCAUAUAAACACAGCACCUGAAGCUGUUGGCACUUUUUCUGUUGGUGUCUGCUGUGUGUAGGUGGACAAGGCCAGGAGGUGGCUGAGCUCCUUCUUCCCCCCCCUCCGUGGGGGGAGGGGAGCCCUGCGGCUCCCCAGCUCUGCCUAGGCCAGAGUUAGAGGCAGCAUUUGGAGUGUGUGCUGUGAAGGAAGAGAUUCACAGCACCUGAGGUAAGAGGGAGGAGGCUAGGCCCUUUCCCCCCCCCCCCGCAGCUGCGGGACGCUUGGGACAGUCUAUAACUGGACCGAGCUGCCUGUGGCCAAGGCUGGGGGGCUUUUACCCCCCCACUGCAUUGAGGCUGGUGUGGGGUGGGUUUUAAGGCUCAGCAUUGGAGCAGAGCCAAAGUGGACGGGCUAAAUAUAGCUCGGAGCCAGGGAAAGGGAUUCCAGGUGCAAUUGGAGACAGACCGAAGAGGGAGGCCUGGAGGAUGUCUCUGCCAUGAUUUAAACGCAGGGCAGCCGAAAACCCAGAGGAGGAAUCAACAUUUCAGGACACGUACAUUGAUAAGCUACACUGCAACAGCCUACAAACCGAGGUAUGAGACUGAAAAAGACAGAUCACACAGCAGACCAGGGAGAAAGGACUCAAAGCUACUUUUUUGGACUUCGUGAGGAGAAAGACUUCAGUAAACAGCUGAAGGUUGGUUAAGGAGUGUUCAGGGGCCCAGAACACUCCCACAAGGGAGAAACUGGUUACUUCCCAGCCUGAAAAGGCUUCUCCUGGACUAAAGUUAAAGGGAGGGGCUUAAAAGGACUGAUAGAAAUGUAAUAUAUGUGUAGUUGCCUUUAGUUUGUAUAGUAUUUAUUUGUGUAAAAUAAAUGUGUAUACUUCCCCCUUCCCCUAUAGAA